UAAAAUUAUAAUAAAGCGCAUGGGAGAUAACUACAAAUUUUUUCUAAAAAAAUUCGUGAGUGGUGUGAAAACCGAAAUCAUAAAAUAAAUAUCCAGGGUAUAAACAAUAUAAGAAUUUAGUCAUGACAGAAAAGGAAACAUACAUAGAGAGAACAGGCGUAGUAAAAGACGAAGCGACAGGUGAAUUAUUCAUUCCUGCAUCAAGACGGCCAGAUGGUACAUGGAGAAAGCCACGUAAAGUGAAAGAUGGAUACAUUCCACAAGAUGAAGUCCCAACGUAUGAAAAUAAAGGUGUUCAAUGGAUGAAGAGUAAACCUUCAUUACCACCUGGCAUGAGUCCUGGACAAGAACCACCUAAAACACAUGUACAGGAAGACACAUCAGCUAUGUCAAAGUCAGCAAAGAAAAACAUGAAAAGAAAAGAGAAAAAGAAACAAGGUCAAGGUGAAGGACAGAGCAGCCAAGUAGAUCACAUAGCAGACUCAUUAGCUAAAACAGACAUAAAAACAAAAUCAAAAAAAUCUGAUUCAACAAAAAAAUCAGAUUUAACAAAAAAAUCAGAUUUAAUAUCAGUGAAAACAGUGGAGCCUGAAUCAAGUGAAUCAAAUGACAAAGCCAGUAUUGAGAAAAAGUUGCGUAAUGUGAAAAAAAAGCUUAAACAAGUUGAAGAUUUAGAAGCCAAGAUAAAUUCAGGUGACUUGAAAGAACCUGAAAAGGAGCAGUUGGAAAAAAUAGCCAAAAAAUCGUCAUUGCUAGCAGAAAUUCAAGAUUUACAAUUAGACUUGAAAGCAUUAUAAUCAGAGAUAAAUGAAAUAAAAAUGAAGUUAUAUAAUUGCA